GUCAUUUAGACAUAAGGGUAAUUUAUAUGAACAUAUGAAUAAUCAUGCAGGAGAGAAGCCUUAUAUGUGUGAAGUAUGUAAGAAGUCAUUUAGUUAUAAGAGUAGUUUAAAUAAGCAUAUAGUUAUUCAUACAGGAGAGAAAUCUUUUGUGUGUGAAGUAUGUAAUAAGUCUUUUGCAAGAAAGUACGUAUUAAACAAGCAUAUGCUUAUUCACACGGGAGAUAAAUCUCAUGAGUGUGAAGUCUGUAAGAAGUCAUUUAAUGCAAAGGAUAAGUUAAACAGGCAUAUGCUUAGUCACACAGGAGAAAAACCUCAUGUGUGUGAAGUAUGUAAAAAGGCAUUUAGUCAGAGUGGUAGUUUUAACAGGCAUAUGCAUAUUCAUACAUCAGAAAAACCUCUUUCAUUUAGUCAAAAGAGUAGUUUAAAUGACCAUAUGCUUAUUCACACAGGAGAGAAACCCUAUGUGUGUAAUGUAUGUUCGAAGUUAUUUAGACAUAAGGGCAGUUUAAACGAGCAUAUGCGUAAUCACACAGGAGAGAAACCUUAUGUGUGUGAAGUAUGUACGAAGUCAUUUAAUCAUAAAGGUAGUUUAAACAUGCAUAUGCUUAUUCACACAGGAGAGAAACCUUGUGUGUGUGAAGUAUGUAGUAAGUCAUUUAAUACAAAGGAUAAAUUAAACAGACAUAUGUAUAUCCACACAGGAGAGGAACCUUAUGUGUGUAAAAUAUGUAAGAAGUCAUUUAGACAUAAGGGUAAUUUAUAUGAACAUAUGAAUAAUCAUGCAGGAGAGAAGCCUUAUAUGUGUGAAGUAUGUAAGAAGUCAUUUAGUUAUAAGAGUAGUUUAAAUAAGCAUAUAGUUAUUCAUACAGGAGAGAAACCUUUUGUGUGUGAAGUAUGUAAUAAGUCUUUUGCAAGAAAGUACGUAUUAAACAAGCAUAUGCUUAUUCACACAGGAGAUAAAUCUCAUGAGUGUGAAGUCUGUAAGAAGUCAUUUAAUGCAAAGGAUAAGUUAAUACCUUUUUUAUAA